UGUGAUCUCUCGUUGAGUGGAAUAUAGAUGUAUAUAGAUAUGAAUAUAUAGUGACAAAUUUGAUCGAUGCUUACUAUCAAGAGUUUUAUUAUUACAAUAUUAAAUCGCAUAGAGAAUCGUAAAUCAUUUAUUACAUUUUUAAACAGAAGGAAUUUAUAUUGGAAGUUCAAUAACAUCUUUUGAACUUGGGAACAUGAGAAUGAAUACUUAACAAAUACCAUGAUUUGCCAUCUAUCGGCAAUAUCUUUGAAACAAAAAUAGAUAUUUUUACUUUUUAUUUGUUAGGUGGUCAUUGAAAUGAAAACAGCUGAUUGUAUCAUUUUGACGUUGUUUGGUGAAGAUAAAAGUGCAAGUAGUUAUCGCUGUAAGUUUAUGACAAUUUUAAGUCGUUAUGGUCGAUACUUGUCAAUAUACUUUGUAAAUUACAUUAACAAGUAUUCUACACAAUUAUAAAUAUUAUCUUUUAAGUAUAUACAGUAGUUACUUAAAUUAUGGCCAGUUCAGUUAGUAGCACUGGUAAUGGUUAUAAUUUCAAAGUAGUUUUACUUGGUGAAGGAUGCGUUGGAAAAACUUCAGUUGCAUUGAGAUAUGUUGAAGGCAAAUUUAAUGAUAAACAUAUCAGUACAUUACAAGCUUCAUUUUUAAACAAGAAAUUGACUGUUGAUGGAAAAAAAGUAAAUUUAGCGAUAUGGGAUACAGCUGGUCAAGAAAAAUUUCAUGCAUUAGGACCAAUCUAUUACAGAAUGUCUAAUGGUGCCAUUUUAGUUUAUGAUAUCACGGAUGAAGAUACAUUUCAAAAGGUGAAGAAUUGGGUUAAAGAGCUUAAAAAAAUGUUAGGCAGUGAAAUCUGUUUAGCAAUAGCAGGAAAUAAAAUAGACCUUGAAAAAAAUAGAAGCGUUUCUAUUCAAGAAGCAGAAGAGUAUGCUAAACAAGUUGGAGCCAUGCAUUAUCAUACUUCUGCUAAAUUAAGUCAAAACAUUGAAGAAAUGUUUGUGGAUUUGACACAGCGUAUGAUACAACAUGCAGAUGAGGCAGAACAAAAAUCUACAUUAACAAGAACAAAUAGUACACGUCGUAAUGUUGUUGUAGUUGAAGAUGAGGCUGAAGAAAGACAAUAUACUAAAAGUUCCUGUUGUGGUGGUUCUUCGCAAGCAUCUUAAUUUCAGAUAUUUGUUCCAAAAUUGGUUCUAAUUUUAAAUAUGUAUAUAUAUAUAGUAUAUACAUAUUGCCUAUUUCACAGGCUGCUAUAUUUUUUUUAAAUUAACUUUUUUUUAUAAAAUCAUGAAAUGAUUAUGUCAGUAAUCAUGAAACAGCAUGAAACAAAUUUAUUUCAGCUGCAUUGGUACAAUGUAAAAAAUGUACUACAAUGUUGUAGUACAGAACCAAAUAUGUUUUCUAUUUUUAAGCUUUAUGGUUUAAGUGAUCACUAUAUAUUGUUAUUUCAUAUUUAUAAAAUAUUUAUAUAUUAUGAUUGUUUUCUUUUUUAAAUAACAUUUUGUUGUAUUAAAUAAAUCAAUAAUUAAUAAGUGUUGAGUGAUAUUGUAGUACUAAAAAAGAUCAUAGUAUGAAGAACAAACUUUGAACCUUUUGUAACUAUGAUUGCUGAAAAGUUUCCACAAAAUGUGUGAAUUGAAAGUUUUAUACGCGCGAAAGAUUUGAUUCAAUAUUCUUAUAACAUUUGAAAAUUUCCAUUAGUGUAAUUUCAUGUACCAGCAUCGAUUAACAAGGUAACAAUGUACAUAUUGAUAUUAGCGAUUUUAUUGUACAAAGACUAUAAAAGAAAUGACUGAUGAGCUGAAUAUGUCAUUAAAUUUUUAAUAUUUCAUUUUCUUUAAUAAGAAAAAAAGUACGAUAAUCUAGGUAUAAAUACAAAGCCUAAGUAAUUUAACUUAGUGCUUAAUAAGAAAUACUAAUUAUAUUUUGGGAGUUGAUUUUUAUGUAUUUUAAUAUUUCAUUACAUUGAUAGAGCCUCAGUCGACUCACAAACCAAAUAUCUUGUUAUUCAUAUAUGUCAUAUAGCUAGAAGAUUUAUUACAAUUAACAGAUGUAUGUAUUUGUCAUAUAAACGUAUGUAUAUUCAAAUACUAUUGCGUUUUAAUAAAAAGUUAAUUAACAUAUACACA